CGCAUCUUCUCUCUCUUCUUCUACUUUCCAGUUGAUAUCAUGUCAAGUUGGACAAGUGGGAUUCAUCAUGGGCGGUUUUCGCACUCGGUUAUACAAAACUGAUCGGGCUCGCGAUUUCGAGCAUGAGCAGGACCGCCAUGUUCGCAUGCGACAGAUAUACGAAACCAUCGACCGCCAAUCCUUCCAAUGGGUUGUCGUUCUGGUUUCUGGCGUUGGGUUCUUCCUAGAUGGAUAUACUCUCUUCGCAAGUAACAUGGCCUUCCCCAUGCUCAGCUACGUAUACUGGCAACACGAAACCCAUUCGAAGAACCUCACGUAUAUCAACAUCGCCACGCUGGCAGGCACGAUGCUCGGCCAGGUCGCGUUCGGAUACCUGGCUGAUCGGAAUGGGCGGAAGAAGAUGUACGGUGUUGAGUUGAUGUUGCUGAUCACGUCGACGUUGGGUGUUGUCAUGUCGUCGCAGGGAGUGGAGGGCAGUAUGAGUGUGUUUGCGUGGCUGCUUUGGUGGAGGAUUGUGGUGGGCAUUGGCGUUGGGGCGGAUUAUCCGUUGAGUGCGGUGAUUACUUCUGAGUUUGCACCGACAAAACAUCGAGCCCGGAUGAUGGCUACCGUCUUCUUCAUGCAGCCCCUCGGCCAGAUCGCAGGAAACAUCGUCUCGCUCAUCGUCAUCGCCAUCAGUCGCACCCAAGGCACAGACGACCUCACUCGGAUCGUCGACACCAUGUGGCGAUGGGUGAUUGGCGUGGGAGUCGUCCCCGGCGCCAUUGCUGCUCUCUUCCGGUUUGCGAUCCCCGAAACGCCUCGCUUUCUACUCGAUAUCGAAGACGAUCCCGUCAAGGCCGAAUUCGACGCCACCACGCUUUUCAGUGAAGCACCGUCAAGCCCUACGUUUGAUUCUGCGUCGAGCUGGUGUAAUAUUCCCCUCCCCGCCAUGUCCGUCGCAAGCCAAUCCAUCAAUGGAGACAGAUCAUCCUCGCAAACAGAGAUCCUGCACCCAGCAACCCUCAACUCAAACUGGCAUCUCAGCAAGGAAGACAUCAUCCGCUAUUUCUGGACAGAAGGAAACUGGCGCACACUGGCAGGAACAUCCCUCGCCUGGCUUUUACUGGAUUUCGGCUUCUACGGCAUCGGCCUGUCAAGCCCGCAAUUCCUCGCCAAAACCUGGGGCUCGUUAAACAUCCACGGCCAGGCGCCGGUAUGGAUGACCAACGAUGAUCCCAACGCGGACGUGUAUCAGAUGUUCAUGCACAGCUCUACCUAUGCACUGGUGAUUUUGAACAGUGGCAGUUUUGUGGGCGGGCUGUUGCUCAUUUUCGUCGUACAUCGGCUGGACCGGGUUGGGUUGCAGAAAUGGGGAUUUCUGGCGUUGGCAGCGCAUUUUAUUGCGCUUGGGACGAUGUUUAUCACCACCCAGCGAGAAGGGCCUGUUGCUGUUGUGCUGUAUAUUCUUGGGCAGACGCUAUUCAACUUUGGCCCCAACGCAACAACCUACAUGAUCCCCGCCGAAGUCUUCCCCACCCGCUACCGCGCAACCUGCCACGGCAUCAGCGCCGCAGCUGGCAAACUCGGCUCCGUCCUCGUCCAGAUCUUCUCCGCCUACUACCGCUUCGGCACUGGCCCUGGCAACGAACCUACCAUCCGGCACGGCUGGAUUCUAAUCAUCUUCAGCGCGUGCAUGAUUCUGGGAGCAGCAGUAACGCAUUUCUGGAUUCCGUCUGUGCAGCGCGGGCGAGAUGGAAAGGGGAAGCUGUGGGGUGGGAAGCCGGAGAGUUUGGAGACGUUGGCGGUUGGGAGGAUGGGGGGGAGGAGUCGGUAUGCUGUUAAUGUUAGGCCGAGGAGUAGGGCCAGUAGGAUUGUGAAUGAUGUUGUUUAUAGCUUAUAGAAUAGAAUUAAUUUGUAUAGAGCGGUCACUUGUACAGGUCAGUGACUGGAAUUUGUAUAUAUUGAAUGCAUUAUAUUCCAUCAUUCACGGAUAAUGGGAUUAUU